GUCAUAUCCGCUGUCAAACCUGCCUUUUGGAAAAGCGGCGCGGUAUUCGUUCGAUUCGUCGUAAACUUAGAAAUUCUAACUUGAAAAUCUAAUAUCAGUGAUAAAAUACCUGUGACUAUGGAAGAAGUGUUUAGAGACCCAGUCCAGCUAACCAAAGCAAUAAAUAUCAGGGAACUUAUAGAGAAGUCAUCGGGAGAGUUUCAGAUAGACCUGGACUUCAAGAAGAAACAGGAUGGCCUGAUGAUUAAUGCUGAUGAUGAUCUAUACCCUGAUAUGAAUGAUGAUGAUGAAGAUGACAGUGAUACAGAAGAUACCCUCAAAGGUAUCGAACAAGCAGCAGAGAAGAUGCUGUUAUCUUCUCCAGAAUACCACUCCUUUGAGCAACUCGCUCCUAAAAUGAUGGACUGUCUAUCUAACGGUGAUGUGAAGCUGUUAAUCAUAGAAGAAGGUGAUGGCCCCCUAGUGCCAAUAGACGCGGAAGUAACACUGCACUACGCGGCGUACUACGAAAGAGCUGACAUACCCUUUGAUUCGACUCUCACCAUGAACAGAGGGGAACCGCUCCGAAUCCGCUUAGGCGUCGGCAAAGUGCUACCUGGUCUUGAAAUAGGCCUCACUCACGUCAAGGGCCCCUCAGCUAGGUUCCACCUGCUCCUACAGCCGGCAGUGGCCUGGGGCUCGCGUGGGGCUCUGCCCCGGGUAAAGCCCGAGCCUGUGCUAUUCGUUAUAUCGCUGUACGAUGUCAGAUGCGUGGAUGCUGCAGCUAGAUUCAACGACUUACCAAUGGCCGAGCAAGCAAAGUUCGAAAUAACAACGAAAACUAUCAAAGAUAUUCGCGCGGAAGCAAAAGAUUUAUUUAACAGGCAGAAGUAUAUGAAAGCCAUCAGAAGUUACCAACAAGCUAUGUCAGUCCUAUCCCUAUCAAGACCGCAAAACGACGCCGAAGAAACCGAAAUCAAAGAUCUUAAAGUCAAAAUCUAUGUAAAUUUAGCUAUAUGUUAUUAUAAAAUAAAUAAACCUAAAUAUGUUUUAGGCAUGUGUGAAAAUAUUGACCGAUACGUUGACAUUAAUAAACAUUGCAAAGGUAUUUUUUAUUAUGGCCGUGGUUAUGAACUAUUAGGUAAAAUAGAUGAAGCGAUAUCUUGUUAUAAGAAAGCGCUAAAAUUGGAACCGAAAAAUAAGGAGAUUGGUAAAGUAUUAGCCGAUUUAGAUGCAAAGAACAAAAAGUCCGCCAUUACUGAAAAGUUCAUGUGGAAAAAGGCGCUAAAUAACGUUGAUGAAGAAAAAAAAGUAGUUUUUAAUGUCGAUGAUGAUUUUAAAGAUGGCGUCGCUGACAUGUGUCAGGAUUUGGCGGGAAGAGAGGAUUACGCGAAAUUCGAUUUGCCAAUGGGUUUGACGAAAGAUGAGGUUGCUUGUAUUAAGUCUUUGACUAGUCAAUUUGAUUGUUUAGUUGUUUUAGAAGAUGGUGAAGGGAAGAGGAAAAAGGUUUCCAUUGUUAAAAAGGUUACGAACUAGUAUUUCUUCUUAAUAUUUUAAAAAAGUAAGUGUUAACAACUCCUAAGCAGACGCUAUGUAUACGUGCGAUUGUCAGCGACUGUUUAUAAUGGAGCUUUAAUUUGUGUGACAGUGACACACAAACGAAAGCUGUGUUAGUACACAACAUCACUGUGUAUUUACGUAGCGCAGUACAAAGAUGACUUCAAUUAAAAAAGGGCCAAAUUUAAAAGCCAUUUACUCUCUACGUGUGCGUCGAACGCCUACCCUAGUGUAAAAUAACUCUUAGGUAUCUCUAAUCCGACGUCUAUAUUUUUUUAUAUGUAUAACUUUAGAAAUAUUUCGUUUUUUUAUGUACCUAAAGAUUGUUAAGCUAAGGCCGCGUUUAUACUGAAUGUCAAGUCUGCCUUUGGCUGUAAGUCAGCAUUACAGUGUCUUUUAUUUCUAUACAUAUUCACUUGUCUGUCGAAACCUAAAUUGUAUUUGAUAGUUUUAUUGACGUGACUGCCUGUGUCAGAAUAACUCCUGAAAGGAUUGGGCGAUUUCAAUUUAAUUCGUAUUGUGUUUAAGGUGAAUUAUGUGCGAGUGUGCUAUAUGUGUAUAAGGGUAUGAAAAAU